GGCAUUACCUUAUCAGUUGUUUGUUGAAUAUUACAUUUUACAAUCGAGGUAUAGACACGUAUAACGCCUUACUGGCUUGUAAGGAAUGUGACACGAAGGAGCCGAAAUGAAGUGUGAAGCACGCGGACUGUAACGUUAGCGGUCUUGAUUUCUGCAAAACUCAUGUCAUUGGGAACAGCGACAACCACGACAUUCAAAACGGGAGCUGUUGGGCAACAUUCAUUGAUGGACAUGGAGUCUACAGUAUGUCCCUCGUCCAAUCAGAACGGCUGCAACCUGAACCCACUUCCUGUCUCCGAGACCAAACAGGAACAGGAAGUAGCUCCUCCUCCAUGUCUGAGGGUGCACCUGUACCACCUGGGCCAGGGCGGAGCCAACAGCCAAGACCUCACCUACCCUGCAGGGGACUAUGUGGCUGAGGAGCUGUGCAUCGACGCGGCCAAGGCAUGCGGCCUGUCACCGAUGUACUGUAGCCUGUUUGGCCUGAUAAGGGAGAGCGACCGCAUGUGGUUCCCACCCAAUCACGUCCUCAAACUGGACCAAUCAGCCAAUGAGAGUCUCCUCUUCAGAGUGCGGUACUACUUCCCUGGCUGGUAUGGAGGCUCCUGUGCCCACCGCUAUGGGGUCAACAAGGGACUGGACAGCCCUGUUUUAGACGAUACCGUCAUGUCUUACCUCUUCGCUCAGUGGCGUAGUGACUUUGUGCAUGGCUGGGUGACUAUCCCAGUGAACCAUGAGGCCCAGGAGGAGUGUCUUGGCAUGGCUGUGUUGGACAUGAUGAGGAUGGCUAAGGAGAGUUGCCAGUCCCCUGUGGACAUCUAUAACGACAACAGCUAUAAGUCAUUCCUGCCCAAGAAUAUGCGUGCCCAUAUCCAGGAGUACCACUUUGUGACCCGGAAGAGGAUCCGCCAUCGCUUCAAGAAGUUCAUCCAGCAGUUCAGCCAGUGUAAAGCCACGGCUCGUGACCUCAAGCUCAAAUACCUGGUGAACCUGGAGACGCUGCAGCCAGCCUUCUACUCAGAGUGCUUCCGGGUCACUGAGCCCUUGGCCGGAGAGGUCACCAUCGUCGUCACAGGCAACAACGGCAUCCAGUGGUCCCAGGGGGAGGAUAAGGAGGCAGACAAGGGUUUCCAGACGUACUGUGAUUUCCCUGAGGUUAUUGACAUCAGCAUCAAGCAAGCCAACAAGGAUGGCUCUAUCGAGAGUCGCAUCGUCACCAUCAACAGACAGGACAGUCAGACUCUGGAGCUGGAGUUCCAUUCCCUGUCGGAGGCUCUGUCCUUUGUGUCUUUGGUGGAUGGCUACUACCGGCUCAUAGCAGACGCUCACCACUUCCUGUGUAAAGAGGUGGCGCCCCCUAGGCUGCUGGAGGCCAUUCAGAGUUACUGCCACGGCCCAGUCUCGAUGGACUUUGCUAUCAGUAAGCUGCGGCGGUCUGGGAAUCACAAGGGUCUGUACAUCCUCCGCAGCAGCCCAAAGGACUACAACAAAUACUUCCUGUCUUUUGUAGUGGGCUGUGACAGCCUAGUGGAGUAUAAGCACUGCCAGAUAGUGAAGACAGACCAGGGAGACUACAUCCUCUCUGGGGCCAAGAAGAGUUUCGGCUCUCUGAGGGAGCUGCUCCACCGCUACCAGAAAGAAGCGCUGCGCUCCGACGGACACAUCUUCCAGUUCACCAAGUGCUGCCCGCCUAAGGCUAAAGACAAGUCUAACCUGUUGGUGUGCCGCAGUAACCAGGGGGCUGAAGUCCCCCUGUCCCCCACUCUACACAGACACAACAUCAGCCAGAUGGUCUUCCACAAGAUACGCAAGGAGGACCUCGUCAUCAAAGACAGUCUGGGUCAGGGAACGUUUACUAAGAUCUUCUGUGGCGUGAGGAAGGAGCUGGGAGACUACGGAGAAAUUCACCAGAUGGAUGUCAUUGUCAAGAUCCUGGAUAAGGCUCACCGCAACUACUCCGAGUCGUUCUUUGAAGCCGCCAGUAUGAUGAGCCAGCUAUCCCAUAAGCACCUGCUCCUCAACUAUGGCGUGUGUGUCUGCGGGGAGGAGAACAUGAUGGUGCAGGAGUAUGUGAAGUUUGGGUCCCUGGAUACAUACCAGAAGAAGAACAAGAGCUCUGUGAAUAUCACCUGGAAGCUGGAGGUUGCCAAGCAGUUGGCCUGGGCUAUGCAUUACCUGGAGGAUAAGAACCUGGUCCAUGGGAACGUGUGCGCCAAGAACGUCCUGUUGAUCCGAGAGGAGGACAGGAAGACUGGGAACCCCCCCUUCAUCAAACUGAGUGACCCUGGAAUCAGCAUCACUGUGCUGCCCAAAGAUGUCCUUGUGGAGCGGAUCCCCUGGGUGCCUCCAGAGUGUAUAGAGGAGCCCAGACAUCUGACUCUGGCUACAGAUAAGUGGGCCUUCGGCACCACUCUGUGGGAGAUCUGUAGUGGAGGUGACAAGCCACUCAGCACGCUGGACUGCUCCAAGAAACGCCUGUUCUACGAAGACCACCACCAGCUGCCUGCUCCUAAAUGGACAGAGCUGGCCAACCUGAUCAACAGCUGUAUGGACUAUGAGCCGUCCAACAGACCCUCCUUCAGAGCUGUCAUCAGAGACCUCAACAGCCUCUUUACUCCUGACUAUGAGUUGCUGGUGGAGAGUGACAUGGUGCCCAACAGGACCAGAGGGUUUGGGUUCCCAGGGGCUUUUGAGAACCAAGACCCUGCUCAGUUUGAAGAGAGACAUCUCAUCUUCCUCAAGCAGCUGGGCAAGGGUAACUUUGGCAGUGUGGAGAUGUGUAGGUAUGACCCUCUGCAGGAUAACACAGGGGAGGUGGUGGCAGUCAAGAAGCUGCAGCACAGCACAGCAGAACACCUCCGAGACUUUGAACGGGAGAUCGAGAUCCUCAAGUCCCUUCAACAUGACAACAUCGUCAAGUACAAGGGAGUGUGCUACAGUGCUGGCCGGAGGAACCUGCGUCUCAUCAUGGAGUACCUCCCUUACGGCAGCCUGAGGGACUACCUCAUCAAGAACAAGGGCUGCUUCGACUACAAGAAGCUUCUGCACUACGCCUCACAGAUCUGCAAGGGUAUGGACUACCUGGCGACCAAGCGCUACAUCCACAGAGACCUGGCCACCCGUAACAUCCUGGUAGAGAGUGAGCUGAGGGUGAAGAUAGGAGACUUUGGCCUCACCAAGGUCCUGCCUCAGGACAAGGAGUACUACACUGUCAGAGAGCCGGGAGAGAGCCCCAUCUUCUGGUAUGCCCCGGAGUCUCUGACAGAGAGCAAGUUUUCAGUGGGCUCUGAUGUGUGGAGCUUUGGAGUGGUCCUCUAUGAGCUGUUCACUCACAGUGACAAGAACUGCAGUCCUCCAGCAGUGUUCAUGGAUAAGAUGGGCAGUGACAAGCAGGGCCAGAUGAUAGUGUAUCAUCUCAUAGAUCUCCUGAAGAGAGGAUACAGACUGCCUGCUCCCAAGGGCUGCCCGGAGGAGAUUAACCACAUGAUGAUGGAGUGCUGGAACGUUGACCCAGCCCUGCGGCCCACCUUCAAGAAGUUAGCCCAGAGUGUGGACAUAUUCCGGGACAGUAAGGAGGGUUGAGGAACCCUUCCUGGAGGUCUCUGCUGGAGGGAACCUGCCCCAGCCCACAUCGAUCACCUGGGUCGUGUUCAUUAGGCACCAAACGGACUGAAAGGGAUUACCUGAACUUGUCCAAUAAGAAACACUUGUUUUCCUUUUCCGUUGCAAAGCGUUUUGCUACGGUGUGCCCUAAUGAGUACAUCCCUGACAACGCCUCAACUCUAAAGACAACAAUGAAGUCACCAGACCCAAUGGUCUUCUGGAGCAGAGAGGAGCAGCAAACGGGGAGUAUUACCAAAGGCAUUCUGGGAGAAAGUCUCAAGAACGGUCUACUUUGUGUGCAUACCUACCCACCUUUUCAGGGAUUCGAGGAAUCUCUGAAAUGACCGCAUGCUGUUACUUUGUUGCCGUCUUUUCUCAAUUUUGAGAUGUUUUCACUGUUUUACUUCUGUCAUGCUCUGGUCUCAGACUCACUCCAGCACAGAAAAAACACCCAGCUGUUGAUGAUGUGUUAACGGCAGCACAGAACACCCAGCUGUUGAUGAUGAUGUGUUAACGGCAGCACAGAACACCCAGCUGUUGAUGAUGAUGUGUUAACGGCAGCACAGAACAACCAGCUGUUGAUGAUGAUGUGUUAACGGCAGCACAGAACACCCAGCUGUUGAUGAUGUGUUAACGGCAGCACAGAACAACCAGCUGUUGAUGAUGAUGUGUUAACGGCAGCACAGAACACCCAGCUGUUGAUGAUGAUAUGUUAACGGCAGCACAGAACACCCAGCUGUUGAUGAUGAUGAUGUGUUAACGGCAGCACAGAACACCCAGCUGUUGAUGAUGAUGUGUUAACGGCAGCACAGAACACCCAGCUGUUGAUGAUGAUGUGUUAACGGCAGCACAGAACACCCAGCUGUUGAUGAUGAUGUGUUAACGGCAGCACAGAACACCCAGCUGUUGAUGAUGAUGUGUUAACGGCAGCACAGAACACCCAGCUGUUGAUGAUGAUGUGUUAACGGCAGCACAGAACACCCAGCUGUUGAUGAUGAUGUGUUAACGGCAGCACAGAACAACCAGCUGUUGAUGAUGAUGUGUUAACGGCAGCACAGAAUGCACGUGAGGGAAAGCAAUACAGAAGAUGUACUGUACAGUUAGUAAAAAGUGUUCAACUGCCUCCCUCCUUAACUGAAGUGGAUUUAUCUUUUUCACCCAAGGGAAGGACUAAUAAAGUAAUACUGCUUUUAGAGACACAAAGAUGUGGACAAAAUGGUGAUGAAAAAAACUAUGAAGGGAGAUGUUUCACAAAGGAUGAAAGCUUGGGCUAUUGCAAAGUAACAUGCAGAAGGAAUUGUUGACUUAUGUUCUUCCCCUUUUAGAAAAUUCUAUAACUUGAAGAGUCUAGUGUGCUGUGCACAGCCAGUUGUAAAAUAAUGUCUUACAUUUACAUUUUAGUCAUUUAGCAGACGCUCUUAUCCAGAGCGACUUACAGUUAGUGAAUACAAUUAUUA